AGUGAUUCUUUAAAGGUUCGUCCAUCCUGGUCAUUUCACUGAGUAGUUGACAGUUAUACAAAUGUUUUAAACCCACAGAGUUUAUACAGUUGUUUAUACAGUUUUAUUGUAUAAACACUUGUGGACACAAGUUGUGGAGUUUUGACUCGUCAAGAUUAUCAAUAAUAUUUAAGAACCUGAAAAGUAACUGAAUCUGCCUGAUUUCAGGUAAAAAGAAUAAAGUAGAAUAAAAUGUGAUUGAUGAAGCAGUACUGAAGGAGUCGUACUGCAAAAUAUACUUCAGUAUAGUACUAGAGUAAAUGUAUUUUGUUAGUUUGUUCCACUGCAACCAAAUAAAUAUUUCUAACUAAUCUGACUUCUUCCAGUGUGUUUAUUGGCGCUGACUUACUUUCAUUUUAACAUUUAAGAAGAAGUUACUUCCCACUUUUCACUGCAGAGAUAAACACCAGCCUUCAAACUUCUUCUCUAUGUUUCAGUCCACUGCUUCUUCAUGGUACUUUUAUUAAAUAUAACAUGAGGAUGAUCAGGAUCAACUGCUCUGUGUCUCUGGUGACUUUCCUGUGGAUGAUGAUUCUUGUCAGAGCAGAUACUGAUGUGACCUGUGUUGUCGAGGAAAACUGCAUCUUACCGUGCAGUUUCCAGGAAGACCCUGAAGUAGUCAUUCAGUGGACUAAGCUGACAGAAGGACUCCCUCGUGUUCACUCAUUUUCCAAGAAUCAAGACCAGCUUGAAGACCAGGACCAGAACUUCAGAGGCAGGACAUCACUGUUCAAGGAUCAGAUCCCCAGAGGAAACGCCUCACUGCUGCUGACAGGAGUCAAGUCUGAGGACUGGGGACAAUAUCAGUGUUACACGAGGACAACCAGUGGAAUUGAGAGGUCAAUCAUCAACGUGGAAGUCAAAGAUACUGACGUGAACUGUUUUGCAAUUGGAAACUGCAUGUUACCGUGUAGUUUCCAGGAAGACCCUGAAGUAGUCAUCCAAUGGACUAAACUGACAGCAGGACGCCUUCGUGUUCAUUCAUUCUACAACAAUCAAGACCAGCUUGAAGACCAGGACCAGAACUUCAGAGGCAGGACGUCACUGUUCAAGGAUCAGAUCUCCAGAGGAGACGCCUCACUGCUGCUGACAGGAGUCAAGUCUGAGGACCGUGGAAAAUACCAGUGUUACACGAGGACAACCAGUGGAGUCAAGAAGUCAAUCAUCAACCUGAAUGUGGACAAUAAUUCAGUCGCAUUUGGAUUCAUCAUAUUUGGAAUAGUCGUAGCAGUAUUCAUAGGAAUAUGCAUAUUCGUAUGCAUAUGCGUAUAUAUAUGCAUACACCUAAAAGAUAUGCAAAGACGGAACCAACCCAUAACAGUCCAAUACAGUCGUGGAACAUCUGAAACAUCAUCUCCUCCAAAUGGUGAAAACCAACAACAAGACAACAACAGUCAUCUGCUUGAUCCAAAUGCAGAAUGAAGUGACUCUGAUCACACUGAUCUGAUCUUCACCACUGACUUCAAACCAGUGGAUGAACCACAGGACAGAGACAGACCUUUAAAGGUUUUAAAUGACAUCAGGUGUAACAUGGACUCACUAAAACUAACAGUCCUGGUUUUACUGGAUCUUAGUGCAGCUCCUGAUACAGUAGACCAUCACAUUUUAUGAAACAGACUCAGAAACCUGGUCAAUAUCUCCGCUGCUGGUUUUAUUUGGUUCAGUUCUUAUCUCACAGAUCAACAUUUCUCUGUUAGUCUGGAUACAUGUUCCUCCAGAACACAUGAAGUAUGGGGUGUCCCAAGGGUCAAUUUUUGUUCUGUAUAUUGUUUUUAACAGUUCAUGUUCAUGGCUCCAAAAGUACAGAUGGUGUUUGUCUCGGUCUGGUUCACAGAUGGAGGCUUCACUGACCCUUCUGUUCUUACAGACAUGAACUGACCAUAGAUGCUGGACUGUCCUGUGGUAGACCCAGUUAGAGCUGCAGGUGACACUGUUUCCUUCCUCAACUAUGUUGACUUCAUGGACUGGAGCUGGGAAAAAAUAAACUUCUCUGUGGCGUCCAUUUGUUCAAUAACUUAAUUGCUUUUUGUAAUGCACUUUAUUUCAGAAAUUAUGCAGGUUCAAGGUUCUUUCCAGCAGGGGGUGCUGUACCAUCUUUCAUUCAUUUACACAUCUCGUUAAAGUGAGACAUUGAUCUCGGUUCUUAGUCUGUGCAGCUGCUUCUAAAUAAACUAUGUUUUAGUCAUGGACACAGAACAACACUGUGGAUUAAUGAAGAGUCUUUAAUUUGAUUAUUUUUAGACGACAGUGGAUCAAAAAGCUAAAUGUCUGUUUCAGUUUAAAUUGUUGAGUGUAAGAAAAUAAAGGAAAUGUCCUGAGUGAGUUCACAUCCCUCUGCUGCAGUUCCUGUGCAUUGGAGUGAACUGAACUCACACACACAGGUAUGUACUACAGGACUACUCAGGAUUGAGAGGGUCCAGAGGGUUUCUGUGUAAAUCUCUGGAUGGAGGGGAGAGUCCAGGAGCUAAGUCGAAGAUAGUUCACGUAGUGAUAGAGUGAAAGAGCAGUCCAGCCCUUAUCAGGUGGGACUCAUCAAUUCUUUUUCAUCUGACGCUGCCGUUCAGCGGAAGUACCAAAGUAAAAACUUAAUUCUGAGCAGUGUUUUGUUAUGACAGCAUCUCUAUGUUGGUCUCUCUCUCUCCGUGCUGAACUUCACUCACUGACUGACUGCAUGUGCCCGAUUCAUUGGUCGGAAGAGUGAUUUUGAACUGAGAUUUAGAUUUUCAUCAAUGACAUUUAAGACCCUCCCAGUUUCAACACCUCAAGAUUUAAUCUUGCAUGAAGUUGUAAUAGAAAAUUACAUCUUUAUUUUCACUUCUCUGCUGCCUGGAUUUGCUUAUGAAACCUUUUAUCCCACAUGAGUUAAUAACAAGUCAAAAUAAGUUCAGCUGAAGUUAACUAUAAGUGCGACGUUAAGUUACGCUACAGACGUUCGCUGUCUCCCUUUACUUCGCUUACACUUCCUCUUGACCCAGUUCUCACCUCCUUUCUGUGCAGAAGUACGACAUACAUGAGCAUGAACUAUAAAACUUGUUGUCACCCCACAUUCAGUGUGACAGGCUCUUAGGGUUUCACUCUGUUUGCAUGUCUCCUUCUGUGCAGGAUGUUUGCAAAUAAACCAA